AUGAAGCUGGAGGUGUUCGCCCCGCGCGCGGCCCACGGGAGCAAGCCGGGCAGUGACCUGGAGGGCGCGGGCGGCAGCGACGCGUCGUCCCCGCUGUCGGCUGCCGGCGACGACUCCCUGGGCUCGGACGGGGACUGCGCAGCCAACAGCCCGGCGGCGGGCGGCGGCGGCGGCGCCGGGACCCUGGCAGGAGGCGGCGGCGAGGGCAGCGCGCCGGGCGCCGAGGACCAGGGCGCGGCGGCGGCGGCGGGCGCGGAGCGGGGCGCCGCGGGAGCCGGGGCUGGGGGCGGCGAGGGCGCGCGCGGCAAGCCCUACACGCGGCGGCCCAAGCCUCCGUACUCGUACAUCGCGCUCAUCGCCAUGGCCAUCCGCGACUCGGCCGGAGGGCGCCUGACGCUGGCCGAGAUCAACGAGUACCUCAUGGGCAAGUUCCCGUUUUUCCGCGGCAGCUACACCGGCUGGCGCAACUCGGUGCGCCACAACCUCUCGCUCAACGACUGCUUCGUCAAGGUGCUGCGCGACCCCUCGCGGCCCUGGGGCAAGGACAACUACUGGAUGCUCAACCCCAACAGCGAGUACACCUUCGCCGACGGGGUCUUCCGCCGCCGCCGCAAGCGCCUCAGCCAGCGCGCCGCGGCCCCCGCGCCGGGGCUGCGGCCGGAGGAGGCGGCGGCCACUGCCGCCCGGCCCGCCGCCGCCGCGCCCGCCGGACCCGCCUCGCCCCGCGCGCGCUCGCCCGCCCGCCGCGAGGGCCGAGCCAGCCCCGCGGGCAAGUUCUCCAGCUCCUUCGCCAUCGACAGCAUCUUGAGCAAGCCGUUCCGCAGCCGCCGCGACCGGGACGCGGCCCCCGGGGCGCCGCUGCCGUGGGGCGCCGCGGCCUGCCCGCCGCUGCCCGCGUACCCCGCGCUGCUGCCCGCCGCGCCCGCAGGGGCCCUGCUGCCGCUGUGCGCGUACGGCGCGGCGGAGCCGCCGCCGCUGCUGGCCGCCCGCGGGACCGAGCCGCCGCCGCCGCCCGCGCCCCACCUGCUGCUCGCCGCCCCGGCCAAGGCGUUCGGAGGCCCCGCAGCCGGCGGCGGCGCGCCCCUGUACUGCCCCCUGCGGCUGCCCGCGGCCCUGCAGGCGGCCUCGGCCCGCGGCCCCGGCCCGCACCUGUCCUACCAGGUGGAGACGCUCCUGGCCUGAGUGCGCGCGGUCGGGGAGACGCAACGCAGGCCCCUUCGGGCUGUGUGCACUUUGCUAUCCAAAGGAAAAGAGACUUAAAAAAAAAAUCUUCUCCAUCAGACGUGCCUUAAACUCUAAAGCAUUUUGACAGGAGCGCUUUUACAGAGUCUGGAAUGUUUUUUGUCUUUAUAACGUUCCGGAGGACCAAGGCAAUUCUGAGUUUCUUGGCCUCGCCUGCCCCCUCCCUCCCCCUCCCCCAUCCCUACUUUUUAUUUUCCGGCCGCUCCUUCCAGUGGUUUAUUCCCCAGCCCUUAAAAAAAAAAAAAUCUACAUCAGGGAUUCAUUCCGUAAGAGAGAUGACUACUGCUUGGGGUCUCGGGCCCCGCUCUGUGUACGCAUGCGGCAUUUACAGGUAUGACUGAGUGCGAGAGAGGUUUCAUGGCCAGCAAUGCUUCACUGUGCCAAAAAGAGAAAAAAAAAAAGUUGGGUUUUUGUAAUUAAAUUAUUUAUCUAUUUUUGAAACGGAAUUGAAAGUGUUGCAGGCAACGGCUACAGCUUUAUGAGCGGUUCUGACUGUGUUCUCUCUGCCAAGGGAAAGUUAGCGCCGUGCGGGUGCCAGCGCCACUGCCACGGGAGGGCAAGUGUGAUUCUUAUUUUUAAUAUUAUUUUAUUUGUGUCUGUGUACGUGUUCUUGUAUAAAUUUUAUGGAACCCAGGCAUAGUGCUUAUUUUUUAAUAAAACUCACAGA